AUGUCUCAAGUUCAGCCAAGAAGGUCAUUGAGAGCCAACAAGGGAACUCAUUCGAAAAGAGAAAAGGAGGAGUAUUAUAAUGAGGAAAUGGUAGCACAGGAGGAGGGUGUUGAGUAUAAGCGGUUAUUAAAGAGUCAUCUGCUAAAGAAGAGAGAUGAGAAGGAUGAAGGAAGGCAGAAGGUUGGUAACGAAGAUGAGAAUAUUGGCGAGGAUGGGGAUAUUGGCGAGGCAGACGAAAAUGGAGAGAUAAGAUGUACACCAUGUGGUACCAUAACGGAAAACUAUGAUGAGGAAAGUGACCCGUAUGGAGAUAUGAUUGAGUGUGAAAAGUGUAAUACUUGGCAGCAUAUCUCGUGUAUGGGGUUGAAGAUGAAUGCAGUGCCUGAGCAUUAUCAAUGUGAUAUUUGCUCGGGAAAACCAAGACCGCUUGUAAAGAAAAGAGGGUCAAAAGUUGUGGAAUCUGGUCCACCACCAAAAAAGUCAAAGUCAAAGUCAACGUCAACGUCUUCGUCAAAGCCAAACUCAAACUCAAACUCAAACUCAAAUGCGUCACGAGAAACAGGGAGUGGGGACGAAUUGCACAAAUCAAUCGAAUCAUUGAAGAAUUCCACACGAGUUAGCACGGCAAAGGCUUUUUAUAAUUUGUUCAAAAAGAGUUUUCCCGAGAAAAGUGCUGGUGAAGUUAGUGAUGAAGAGAAAGAGAAAAGGGCAAUUGGUUUAGCUUUGGAAAUAGAGGAAAUAAUACAACGAGAGUUUCCUGGAAAAGCAUAUGUUCCUGAGGGGCGUCGAAUAUUGUUUGUGUUGAAAAAACAGUUUACCCCCGAUAUUAUUUGUGGCAAGUUGACUUUGGAAGAUGUAGUCAAAAAGACGCCCGAAGAGAUAAAUGAGGAUAUAAAGAGAGUAGAAUUACAGAAUAAGGAAAACAUCAAGAAUAUCAUUUUGGUUGAAAACGACCAUUCCCAGAUUGUUAGGAGAACGCACAAGGGUGAUAUUAUCAAGGAAAAUGAAAAUGAAGAAAAUCAACAAAUGGAUGAAAGCAUUGAAGCUAGAGCUGUUGAUCAUCGUCGAUUUUCUGAAGUGAUUGACACAAAAACCAAAAUCAUUACAAACACAAGUAGACAAAAUGCCUACCAAAACACAAACCCCAGGUUCAGAGAUGAUUUUUCAAGUGAUGACGAGCAUAGUGAUAUUGAACAUCUUCUGAGCGACGUUGAGCAAGAAAAAAAUGAACUUGCUGAAGAUACUAAUAAUGAUGAUAAUAAUAAUAAUAAUACCAAUAGCAAUAGUAACAAUCAAGAUGACAAUAAAAAUGACCAAGAUGAUGUGGUUAGCAAUAUUUUGAAAGCAACGGAUUCACAAUCUGUAUCUGAACCACUGCCAACAACAAGAAAGUCCACCGAGUCGUUGAGUGAUGUUGAUCAUGGAAUGGGGAGUCCAGAAGAGAGCAAGCUUGAUGCCAUCUUAGUUGGAGAUGAUGAGUUUGCACAAAAGACAAAGCCUUUUGAGUUACCGGAGAUUUGGCGUGGAUCGGUGACGUUUCCUGAAUUUGCUCAUUUUAAAGCCAUUGGAAGAUUUUACUCUUCAAGUGACGAACACGACAACUAUAACCUUGCAAAGGCCACGGCAAAAGAGAUAAUGAAAGAGCACAAGUAUAUUAUUCGAGGUCGGUUGGAGAGAUCGAGAUGCGAUCAAUAUUUGAAUGAAAUCAUUGCUACAAGAAAUCUAUAUUUUGUACAAAUUCUGCCCCACAAGAAUGACGAAGUAAGUGGUAGUCUGGAUAAUCAGAAGCUUUUUAGUAAUUAUGAUAGACUAUGUAAUUACUUUAUAAAAGAAAACAAAGUUGGUGUUUUGAGUGGUAAACCAGAAUUUGUUAAAGAUUCAUACAUCAUGCCAAUUGAUUUCAGAGAUGUUAAUUUAAACAAGACUAUAAUGGCUCACAAGAGGGAGUCGAGAAUUGGAUUAUUUGCUGUGUUUGUAGUGCAGAAACGAUAUGAACCUAGUCAUCAUCACACUUUUACCCACACUAAUAAUAACAAUGAAAGGCUGCUGAAUCAUUAUGUGAAUGGUACUGAGCAAGAGAAUUUGAAUUUCAUUUUGGAUCAAUUAAGGUAG